AGAGAGAGAGAGAGAGAGAGAGAGAGAGAGAGAGAGGAAGACAAGGAGGAGAAGAACCAGAGGAGAGGAGGAAGAAGAGGGUUGCAGAAGGAGGGUAGAGGGGGAAGAAGGGAAAUAUGGGAAAGAAGAAGAAGAGAGUGGCGUCGAAGGUGUGGUGCUACUACUGCGAUAGAGAGUUCGACGAUGAGAAGAUACUGGUGCAGCACCAGAAAGCCAAGCAUUUUAAGUGCCAUGUCUGCCACAAGAAGCUCUCCACCGCCGGUGGCAUGGCCAUUCACGUCCUCCAGGUCCACAAAGAGAGCGUCACCAAAGUUCCCAAUGCGAAGGCUGACAGGGAGUCAACGGAUAUUGAAAUAUAUGGGAUGCAAGGAAUCCCACCGCACGUCUUGGCUGCACAUUAUGGAGAGGAAGAUGAAGACGGUCCAUCAAAAGUAGCUAAAGUAGACAUCCCAACAACCCAGUUUGUUGGUGGUAUGGUGCCAGGUUCGAUGGGGAUUGCAUAUCCUCCCCAACCACCUUUGGGUGCAAUGCGGCCAAUGUACAGUUCUGCAGUUCCAGUGCCUCCGAAUGCUUGGCAAGUUCCACCUCGUCCCCAGCCAUGGUAUCCACAGCCUCCAUCAGUCUCAGUACCUCCUCCUUCCUCAUUGGGUUAUGUGCAGCAACCAUUGUUCCCUGUGCAGAAUGGGAGGCCACCUCUACCAUCAACAACAAUCCCCGGACCUCUGCCUCCACAUAUAGCUCCUCCUGGGCUUACUACAUCCAUGCCUCCUGCUCCUGUAUCACAACCCCUGUUUCCUGUUGUUGGUAUAAAUAAUGUACCAACACAAAGUUCUCCCUUUUCUCCUCGUUUGCUUUCAACCAGUAUUCCCUUUAGUUCUCCAGUUGAAGUUAAAGGCUCAACAGAUGCUUAUCAAGGUGUUAAUUCACACUCUUAUGCAUCUGGUCCAAACACUGGUGGUCCAUCAAUUGGACCACCCCCUGUAAUUGCAAACAAAGCUCCUGCUCCCCAGCCAGCUGCUAAUGAGGUGUAUCUAGUUUGGGAUGAUGAGGCUAUGUCCAUGGAGGAAAGAAGAAUGUCAUUGGCAAAGUAUCAGGUGCAUGAUGAAACUAGCCAGAUGAGUUCAAUUGAUGCAGCCAUAGACAGAAGGAUCAUGGAGGGCAGGCUUGCUGGUCGAAUGGCAUUUUAGAUCAAAUAGCAGCAAUGGGACGACGAUGACAGUGUUUGCGCCUUUGGAAUCUCAUGCUGGCGUAUGGACCUGGGAACCUCAUGCCGAUGCACGCUCCAUGUCCUGCAGAGUUUAUUCGAAGUGAAGGGCGGUUUACAGGACUAACCAGUCAUAGAUUCGUGUUGUAUUCUUUGCAAGAACGUUAAGUAGAAGAGCAAAAAUGUCAAAGUUAUAAUGUAACUUUCAUAUUCUUUUUCAUACUCCCCAUAGAUUUUGUUGCAAACUUUUUAGGAUUAGGGAUAUUUAAAGGAUUCCAUUUUGUUCAUCGACAAUAUUCUUCAGUUGACUUAAUAUUUCAAAUGUGGUUAUAAACUUGGUUGGUAUUAUUUAUGAACGAUGAUGUUAUUAUA